UUAAUCAACAUGCUAAUACGGUUGGUUAGUGCCGUCUUAAACCGUUUUCUCGGUCAAUACGUAGAGAAUCUAGAUACCGAACGUCUUUCAUACAGCCUUGGCUACCAGGGCAACGUCAUCCUUACUGAUUUACGUUUAAAAGAAGAUGCUCUGAGUCACCUUUUGGGUCUACCCUUACGACUAAAAGCAAGCCAUAUCGCCCGUGUCAAACUGCACAUUCCCCUGACUCAACUUCGAUCACAGCCAUGGUGCAUUACCAUCGAGGACGCAGAGUUAGUAGUUUACCCUAACGGUGAGGAUGAUCAUAAUGCAACUGCUUCUACUACGUCCGAUCUUGGACCCACGGACGAAGCAGAUCCUGACGAGAUUCUGAGAGUUCGCAGGAGGGCAUACUUGGAUCGUCUCGAGUCGCGCUGGUGGCAAGUUGUGCAGCAAGGUGGUCUUGUGGGCGCCGCAGGAAUCGCAUCACCCACUGACUCCUCAUGGUGGUCUUAUGGCGUCUCCCUUGUCUACGGUAUCGUCAGCAACCUCCACGUGGAGAUACGCAAUAUACACUUUUACUUUGUUGAUGAAAAAGGAGUGAUUACGGGAAACAGAAAACCCUCAUUUUCUUGGGGUAUCCUACUAGACAGGAUGACUGUGCAGGCCACCGAUGAAAAUUGGAAUCCUUCGAAUCGAUCAUCAGAGCAGCAAAUUGAAUUCAAAUCGAUUGAUAUUGUUGGCCUUAGUGUGUACUGGCUGGAGAAAUCUGAUCGUCAACGACAUCACCUGAUUCCACCAAGUCAAUUUUCAAUUCACUUACUCCGUCGCACAACGCCAGAGCCCCUAACAAGUGAUGAGACAGCGCGCAUCGAAGUUGAUGCGAAAUUGGAGUCAUUGAAUCUGGAUCUUUCUAAAAGAGCUCUUGGGUUCUCGUACAAAUUGAUCAAGUACUUUAAAAACCACUUGACUCCUACUCGUCGGCCUAGACUGCGACCGUCUAAACAACCCUCGGCUUGGUGGAGGUACGCGGCGUGCGAGCUGGUGCCUGGUUUGAGGAAGCAUCUAAGCCCUCGCCAGACGCUAGAUCUGGACCAUCUGGCUGACGAAGCCUCGUUGACCAACCGCUACGUACGGGCUUACGAAGCACACCUUCUACAGGGACUUGGGAUCACCGCGACAACAGGGGUGGAGGCGUUGGAGUCUUUGGAGGAGCGUAUGUCUCUUGAACGUGUUGCGCUUCUUCGCCAGGUUGCUAUGCAACGCGCGGCUUCACACACAGACCCGCAUCAAUUUUGUUGCAAUGCCGGCGCAUUACAGAGGCGAGAACGCAACCAACCGCCCGCGAACCCACCGUCACAGUCCUGGUGGCCGAGCUUCCUUUCUGCGGGUGCUGCCACCACCACCUCGGCGUCGCCUCCACCUGAGUCCGCCGACGACGAAGGCGACGCGCCGAGGCCCUGGCGCCUCUGGUGGUGGUUCUCCGCUGCGCCACCUGUCGAGAAGUGCGCGGAGGAGAAGGUGGACACGACCAACUCCGAGGCCGCCCUCAUGCUGCUCAACGAGCUUGUCGCUGCCCAGGACGUCGGACAGGUGCUCACACGCGACCGUCUCUUCUGCAAGGUCACCUGCUGCGUCGACCGGUUUCGCAUGGCGCUGGACGAUCAGGCCGUGAGUUGGUGGUUGCUGGUUUUUGUCUUGGGGUCUCUUUGUUCAUGGCUCAUCUUCUCAGGGAUACCAUCUUUUGAACCGCUCUGCAGCUUGACCGCGGACGAUCUUCGUCUCCAGAUGGAAACACGUCCGCGCCAGGAGUCGCUGCUCUUCAACGCCAGCUUGCACUCCCUCGUGGUGAGCGACGAACGCACCCGUCUAGGGGGACGUGUGCAGCCCCUUUUCCCAGCCGUCAUAUCCCCCCAACCAACCUCAGGUGAGAGGCCCUCCGAUUCCACUGCGGACCUCUUUUGGCUGGAAUAUGCCACUGGACAACCCGCGUCCGAAACUCCUGCAAGUUUGCGAAUACGAACAGCCCCGCUGCGCGUCAUCUGUCAGCCCGAGCUCUUCAACGAGGCCGUGAAGUUCUUCGAGGCCGCUUCCAGUGGAUUCUCCAACCAAGCAUCGGGUCGAGUCCAGGAGAGUGCCUACGACACCAUCAAGUCACAGACGAAGGCCAAUUUGCGCGCAGCACUGCACAACGUGGAGGCCGCAGACGAGUUGCAGCAGGGGCUGGAUUUCGGCAGACCAGAGUCCCCCAGUGCGAGGCGUGGAGCUCCGCCGUCCACCGCGCCGAGUCUGAGUCUGCACCUCGACAUCGCCGCACCACGAAUCCUGCUCCCAGAACGCCUCUGGCCGACGCCGCAGGAGGAGGUGGCAGAGGCUGCGUGUGGACCACCACCCAGCCUGCUUGGAGUUAUUUGUGAUUUCGGGCGCUUUCGGCUCUCCAACUGGGACGCGGAGUCGAUUUCCACCGGCGAAGCGGAAGAAAAGGCAAAAGCUCCAGCCAGGAGCGUUGACUCCGUUGGUGAGGAAGAUGAUGACACCGAAGAAGAUGAAUCAGAUGCCUUUGAAACGCCCUGUGGAACUCCGGUUGCCUCGGACUCGGAGUCUGUGCCAUCGCCCACUGUUGCACACAAACGAAGGCUCUCUCUCCACAGACGCCGUCCGCCGUUUCAGCGCCAACGACGCAGGCUCUACGAAACAUACCUCCUUGAAUUGGACCAACUGCGCAUCCUCGCGGGCCGCCUCGACGUGCUCCAAGCCUCAGCAUUUUGGCCUGACUUGCUGUCGAAAGGGUCAAUUCCAUCAGGAGCCAAUCGUCUGCACGCCUCGGUGGUCGCCUCUCAGGCUCACCUCGUGGACCGCUUCAGUCUGGCGAUCUGGAUCACGCGUCGAGUAGUUCGCAUGGCCGACAUACCAUCAAAGACGAGUCUUUCCAAUUUCACCAUACCUCCCGGUGUUCCCAGCGACCUGCCGGGUCUCCUUGUGUGUCUGGAGCAGCGCCAGUGCGUGCUCCGCCUGUCCGAUGUCAAGGUUGCCGCCAUUCGAAGGUGUCUCGCCGCGGUCGCCUCAGCGUCGACAGAGAAAAGUGAAGCGUGCGAUUCGCGACCGCGACCACAAGCCCCGCCAGGGCGGUUACGCCACUCGUCAACUCUUCAACGACGCCAUCGACAACGAUGCGUCUCUGCGGGGGGCACGUCUUCACCGAGACGGACCAUAUUACUCACCUUCAGGAUGUCGGAGCUCAUUCUGCAGCUCGACUCGCGAGGCAGGUCUAGUCGUCCACUGGCUGAAUGUCGUCUGGGCUCAACUGCUGCGCGAUUCGCCCGUUCCAAAGACGCCGAUCACAGCCUCACACGCUACGACAUGUGUAUGCAGGUCCAUAGCCUCACCGUCGCUGACGCUCUUUGUGGUCUUGGAGGGGACUUUGACCUCCUGGCGGCGUCUCACCGCGGUGUCCGAUUGGACACGCUGUCCGGCAACUUAAACGUCACGUCUACGCCAAGGAGUGAGCAGUCCUCGCCGAGAGUUCACCUGCCCAGCCAAUCACAACCUGCCAGCACUCCACAGCCGUUUCUUGACUCCAUCGACGACGAUACAGGUUCCUCAACCGCGCUUAUUCGCGUGGAUUAUUCCCGGUCGUGCAUCACGUCAGAAACUGCCGUCUCCCAGCAGAACUCGAGACGAAUGGACGUCAAGUUCCGCCAUCUGGAUCUUCUUGGUAAGUUGUGCAGACAACGCCGGAGUCUUCGCCUGUCCACCAUUGUCCCCAUCCAACGCCAGGUCAAGCGUGUAAGCUACGCGCGCAACCUAAACACACUGCUAGAACUCAUCUCCUUCGUGCGAUACGUCACACCGGAGAGUGAAACCACGACGACAUUGAGCUCCGCGUCUUCGGCCAACCCAUCAUCAGAAUCUCCGGACACUAAUUCAACCGUAAUUGACAACAGUAGUAGUCUCGAGAUGUCGAUUAGCGUUGAACGUCUUAGUCUCGUUCUAAUCCAUGUCACUGAGCUUCCAAAGCCUCACCACCAGAUGGACUGGGAUGAAGACGAGAGGACAAAGACGUCGCCACCACAGGCCACCGCCGAACGUCUAGCAACCAUCACCUUGCUCGGCGCGCUCUUCAAGUCACAUGCCAGUCGCGGCCUGACUCAACGCUUCGAAGUUAGCCUCGCCGGACUGCAGGUGCUCGAUCUCAUGGGCGUGGGUGACGCGUCAUUGUCCGGCCCGCAGCACCGCCACAUUUUCGCUGCCGGCCAGUGUCUAGACCCCGAACUGCCCGACGACUUCGCCUCGGUCGGACAGAAACCCGUCUUCACUGUGUCCGCUAACCGAGAGGCCUGUUUACUGGGCUAUCACAUUAGGUUCUCCGACUCGGGAAGAUUUUGUUUACCACCGUCUUUCUGCGACCCUCAGGCGGAGGUUUCCAGUCCUGUCUACGUGCACAAGCCUCGCACUCUGCACGAAAUCUCCUCGUGGUUCUCCCGCCUCUACCACUGGACCGCGGUGGUGGGAGUGCUUGCUCAGAAGCUCAAAAAUGUCGCCACGCGACAGGUCGUGGAGGCUCCGGCGGCGUCGCCGUUCGCCAGCUUCCGAGCGACCUUCGAACAGCCGGUUGUGGUGUUCCCCGCCGCCGCGACCUCCGCUCGCGUCCUCAUCGCCCGCCUCGGCCGACUCACUCUGACCAGCAGCGGACCCCAUCUGGUGGAGCUGUCGGUGGCCCGAGCGAGUCUUGCUUCGCUCGAUGUCGUCGAAGGCAUCCCGCUUGUGCGCGGCACCUCGCAGACCGUGAAAGCCAUGCUCACGCUUGCUCAUUACCUCGGUCUGGUCACCUCGGCGGCAGAAGUCGCCGUGCUGGAGGACAUCUCCGCUGACCUCCAUUUAUCGCGUCAGACAACACCAAGGAGUUGGUCACAGUCCACGAACCCCGGCGUGUUUGAUUGGCCGGCUGGCUUUGACGCGGAGGCACCGUUAAUUCCGUUCGCGGACACCGAUCCUGUGUUGAUCGCAGGGCCUUCGAAGGAAACCUGGGUUAUGGUCGAGGCUUGCCUUGUUCAGCCUUUGCACGUGUGCCUCACCAAGAUCGUCUACCAACAACUCCUACAAACCCUGGAUAACCUCACAUACGACGACGACGACGACGACGCCGACGGUGGCUACAGUGAUGGUCAUUGUGCGGCGUCUUCUGCAGCAGAACUGACGGAGAGCCACAGAGCCGCUGAGGGCUUCUACGACGACGACUCCUCCUGGCGACCGCAGGCCACCCCGCUCUUCGCGGUGCGCUUCAGGAUGCCCUACCUGGUGGUGGAAACGUUCGCUGACAUGAGCGGUGAGGCGCAGCCCGUCGGCCUGACGCGUCUCACUCUAGCCGACUUCUUCAUCACCGCCUCGAAGUCUCCUCGCCUCGUCGGAGGUCUGACGCGCAUUGAAGCGAGCCUUGCCAGUCUGUUGUUGGAGAACAUGUUGCCCGGCGACGCGGCUUUAGAUGGCACCAACGAGAAUCGUUACCUCCUCUUCUCUCACCAGUCUCCAUCAUCAUCAAUGGAACGUCGUGGAAGGCUUCGACGUCAGCGUCGUCUGGCCGAUUCUUGUCCAGACGUUCGUGGGACACCUUUCAAAGCGUUUUUCCAGCACAAGACAACAGGCGUCGCCGAGCGCUUCCGAGGCCCACGAUGGAGGAACACCCAGUCCUUCACGGACCCCCGUUCUGUCGGCGAAGAGGUCGUAGCGAAGAGGGGCGCAGGAUUGAGGCUGAGUAGCAAGCGAAGGCGUUCUGCGUCGAUGGACGCCGGCGGACAGGUUUGUGCACCGACGAGAGUCGGCGCCGCCGGGGCCGUGGGUGGACGACAGUUUGUUCGGAUUCGUGUGCUCCUGGUGGACCAAGGCAGCCCCCUCUUCUCCACAAAAUACCAAUCUAAGCGGCGGUUCGUCGAUGUUGACUUCUCCUCACUCACCUGUUACCUCAGUCUCCACCCGUGGGUGCUUCUUCUUGAUUUCCUCAGCGUCGGCUCACCCAUCACAGCCUGUGACGAAUUCGACAUUGAACCGGUCACGAAAUCGCGCGCAAAACUAGACGAGGUGGACAAGGCCAUGCAGACUGGUGGUGACUACGAGACUACAGUGACGACACUCAACGUCUCCGAAUUCUCCCUCCUUCUCGACACCGCUGUGGAUAGAUCUCAACCACCUGAGCACCUGCUCCGUGCUUCAGCCGCAUCGCUGCACCUUCACUUGACCAAUUAUAGUCGUCCUAUCGCCGCUGGUGGUGAUUGGAUGUACCUUGACGGUCGUCUUGGUGAAGUGUUGGUUGAGGACUUGUCGCACACGGGCAAGCUCUAUGGGCAGCGGUUCGUUACCACACCGUCGAGGGUUGGCGGCAGCGAUAGCAACGAGAACGUCGGCUUCCUGUCCUUCCGCCUCACCAAGUACCAGUUGCCCGACCCCGAACUGUCUCGUAGGACGGAAGACGGCGUGUUGCGCCUGAGAUUGGGUCCGGCGUACUACGUUCACACCCAGGACUUCCUCGUCACCUCAAUCGAUACCCUGGACCGCUUCCUGCAGUAUCAGGACCUCAUGAAUCGCGUGAGGGCUUCGUCUGCAGGCUACAAGGCACGCACACCGCGCAACUAUGUACGUCAACGCGCGCCGCUGUCAAUGCGUCUCCGCUUGGACGUGGAAGCUCAGGCGCCGAUUGUCGUGCUUCCGGUUUCUGCUGCCAGCGACGCUGCUCUCGUCUGCGACCUCGGAACCCUCACUGCGGUCAACGAUUUCGUCUGGCACGACGACCCCAACAUCGCCGAUGAUGAGGAUGAUGUCAAGGUAGCCGGUGGAGACUUUGAGGUGGAGAAGCAGCGGUGCAAGUACUGCGCCGAGAACUAUGAGGAAGGUAGAGAACUCGGCCAAGACGACUUAAUGACACAAAGCCACUGUCCAACGAUGACGUCGUCAACAGAAUCGCUCGGCACCGACGCGGAAUCGGAUGAGUCACCUUGCUUGCUCGAUCGAAUCCAGCUGACUCUCAACCACAUCGAAGUCUACCUGGGGAAACGCCACGACGCCGACGGUAGGCCUCCCCGAUGGAGGCCUCUAGCAACUGAAGUCGUCGGUCGCGGGGUGCAUUUCCGAUGGUUCUCGAUCCUGCCUGCCUCGCAGUCGCUCUUGACUGAGCCCUUUGGGCUCAGCGUGCGCGUGGAGCGGAACCUCUCAAGCGGUCGGCGUCAGCACGCCGCGCCAGACUGGCGUCUCUCGGCCCGUCUCCGUCUGCUCUCCCCUCUCCACCUCUCUCUGGACGACUACGCUCUCCUCCGCGGCGUCCUUUCCCACAAUCUGGCCUCAUCUCCGCCGGCGCAACCAUCCACCAAUCAGCUGCCGCCACCUCAUAAUGCUAGUCCCACUCGGGAGCCGUCUUACACCCGGAAACCGCACAAGGUCUUUGCCUUCAGCUUUGACCUUGAGGACGUGGCCAUCUGUAUGGCCGUGCCCAGCGAUUGGCCGUCGUUGCAUCAAACUACGGGGGAUUCGCAGUCGCGCGCGUUUUGUCGCCUGGACCUCACGCGUUCACGACUCACCUACGACAGCUUCUCCUGCGGUCGUCGUGUCACCGAUCUGUCAUGCUCGGCUGCCACCUUCACGGACACACGUUUCACCGGGUGUGCGCAACCGCAGAACCUCUUCCCAAGCAUUCUGUCAGCACUUACCACGCAGGAGUCGCCGAAUUUGUCGCCGCAGUUCCGCGUGACCCAGGUGGUGGCGCCUUCGAACGGCAACGCCACGCAUCCCUCCAACUCCUCCUGCAUGACCUUCCACCUUCGCUCGAUGCGCCUCAUGCUCGCGCUGGACUGGCUUGUCGAUCUGCACAGGUUCCUCACCCACCCCCCACUCGGCCCAUCUUCACUCGGCUCCAGCACCAACUCACUGCGGCGGUCUUCAACCAAUGCGACAACAGACAGCUGUCUGAUGGAGGAAAAUGCCCCACAGCAACCGCAAGGCACUUCAGAUCUUCGAAUCUUCACUGAGCAAACGGAAUUCGUCAUCAUGGAGAACCCAGCCGAGUUAGACACGAACACGGUUGUGCUCACAGUGAGUCUUCACUUGGGGGCAAUGUGUUUCCUGCUGCGAUCGGGUGGGCUUCUGAGCCAGUCUUUGAUGGUCCUCUGUCUCCACGGUGUUGGUGUGCACACGUUCGCGGGGUGUGUGGACAGUCGUGCGGUUAUUAUCGAACCGACUGACCUUGAGGUCCUCGUAACCCCCCCACCGCCCUCUCCCCGCGUCCACCACCAGCACAGCUCCCGCUCCUCCUCCUGCACCGGACUUCAGGAGUUGGUGUCACCGCGAGCUAGCCUAGUAGUGCGAACCUCAACGCUUCGCACUCACUUCUCAUACACCGACAGUCAGCUCUUCGUGGCGCUGCUGGAUUCGCUCAGGGAGCAGGCCGCGUUCGCCUUCGGUUCCUCCGCAGGUCGCGACGCAGACUGCGUUGCGUCCGCCACGCUUGAGGCGCCACCACCACCACCACCACCACCGGAGUCUCGCGCGGUCCUCUGGCUGCGCCAUCUCGUCGAACACCUCACUCCACACAUCUCAAGCGUCGACUUCCAAUCGGCGUUUUCGCUGUGUCUCAUCGACGACUGCCUCGACGCUGACGUCCCAUUGGCUGAAAUCGUUGUGUCAGGUACAUUUAGCCUUAUUCACGGCGAUCCACGUAACCAAUCAACGCUUGGUGUCAGUACAGAUGGUGUAGUGCUUCAUCUUGUGGUCUUGUUAAGUCACUGA